ACAGUGGCGCAUGACUCAAAACCACUUUUCCAUCAUUUUCUUGGGAUUUCUCUGUUUAUGUAUAAAACUUGUGUCUCACACUCCUCCAUUCAAACCCCACACUUUUUUGCCUCUUUCCCCCACCAAAGCAAAAGCAGCGAGUGAGGAGGAAGAAGCGGUGGAUAAAGGAGAAGGAGAAGAGGAACAGAGCUGAGAUCUGCGAGGCAAAAUUCCUCCCUGAGAUGGGUCAGAAGUCUCUCAUCUACGCCUUCGUGGCUCGUGGGACUGUGAUUCUGGCGGAGUACACUGAAUUCAGCGGCAAUUUCAAUUCCAUUGCCUUUCAGUGCCUUCAGAAACUCCCCGCCACCAGCAACAAGUUCACCUACAAUUGCGACGCCCACACCUUCACUUACCUUCUCGAUAAUGGCUACACUUAUUGUGUGGUUGCAGAUGAAUCAGUAGGAAGACAGGUUCCCAUGGCUUUCCUGGAACGCAUCAGAGAUGACUUUGUUGCACGAUAUGGGGGUGAGAAGGCUGCCACAGCUCCUGCAAACAGCCUUAACAAGGAUUUUAGUUCAAAAUUGAAGGAACACAUGCAGUACUGUGUUGAUCAUCCCGAGGAGAUAAGCAAGCUUGCGAAGGUGAAAGAUCAGGUUUCAGAAGUUAAAGGUGUUAUGAUGGAGAAUAUUGAGAAGGUUCUAGACAGAGGGGAAAAGAUAGAGCUUCUGGUGGAUAAGACUCAUAACCUUCAUGAACAGGCACAAGAUUUUCGGAGUGCUGGAACCAAAAUCCGGCGGAAAAUGUGGCUGCAGAACAUGAAGAUCAAACUCAUUGUGUUGGGGAUUCUGGUAGCCUUGAUCCUCAUCAUAGUCCUCUCUGUCUGCCAUGGCUUCAACUGCGGGAAGUGAGCGGCGCUCCAUCUGCUGAUCUUGGUGUCCGGAGAAAUGCCCUAGCGUUUGUAGUAGAAGAACAAAAGUAAGCGACUCCCAGUUAAAAUCUGAACCAAAGACAAGUUAUUUUAGAGAGUAAUACAAACAACAUAUAUAUCGUGUCAUGUCAUUAUAACUGCAUUCAGAAAUAUGAAAUUGCUUGUUUGCAAACAAAUUUAGAAAA